UCACAUGCUAGUUUGAGAGAAGGAUUAACUUUAACAACUCCCAGCAGUCCUGUCCCGUCGUCGUCAGCCAAGCAGAUUAACUUCAAUCCCAAUCAGUCAGCCUCGUGUGAUACUUGAUAGUGGAUCAUCGCAUCGCUUUACUUUUUAAUCUGAAUGUAGAGUAUACAGUCCAAGAAUGGGGGCUUAGUGUUGAACUGGACGAAAUACAUAUAUUAAUACACGACAUCACCAAGUCAAUCUUAUCUCUAUAUCCUAAUCAACCAAGCAACCAAGCAACUUAUCAGAUAUUUAGGACACAAUGGGUCACCCUCACGUGGACGAGUCUAAGGAGUUCAACAAAAUUCUGCUGAUUGGGAGUGGUGGUCGGGAACAUGCAAUUGCAUGGAAGCUUGCCCAGUCUCCAAAGGUGACGAGAAUUUUUGUGACUCCUCCUGGAAAUGCAGGGAUAAUAAAACAGGAUAAAGUGACUAGGGUUGAUUUGGACAUUGAAGAUUUCAAGGUUGUUGCCCAAUGGUGCCUCACGAAUAAGAUUGACUUGGUCGUGGUUGGUCCUGAAGACCCACUGUCACACGGAAUUGUGGACGAAUUGAACAGGCAUGGAAUUGCUGCCUUCGGUCCGCGUCGAGCCGCAGCGCAAAUCGAGGCGUCCAAGCAUUUCGCUAAGGCGUUCAUGGAGAGACAUCAUAUUCCUACGGCGAGGUGGAAGUCCUUCACGAAAACAUCCGACGCUAAAGCUUUCAUCGAAUCGUCAUCGUCAUCAUUUCCGGCCCUCGUGGUGAAGGCAUCUGGUCUCGCUGCAGGGAAAGGUGUCAUUGUUGCCACGACCGUGAGGGAAGCUUGCAAUGCAGUUGACUCCAUUUCUACGUCCUUUGGCGAAGCUAGUGAGACAAUUGUGGUGGAGGAAGUUCUGGAGGGAGAAGAGGUGUCUGUCUUGGCUUUCACGGAUGGAAACUCGGUUUCGGUCAUGUCUCCUGCCCAAGACCACAAGCGCUUGAAGGAUGGAGAUAACGGUCCGAACACUGGAGGAAUGGGCGCCUACUGUCCAUGUCCACUCCUGUCUACAACGGAUUUGGAGAUUGUGAAAGAACAAAUACUGAAAAAGACCAUCAAUGGACUGAAGGCUGAAGGUGUUAAAUAUUGCGGAGUAUUGUAUGCUGGGCUGAUGAUAACAAAGGACGGGCCUAAGGUAUUGGAGUUCAAUUGUCGAUUUGGAGAUCCCGAGACUCAAGUUAUUCUGCCACUCCUAGAGUCAGAUCUGUUUGAUGCAUUUGCAGCGUGCGUCAAUGGAACACUGGAUAAACAUGACAUGAAGUGGCUCCCCAACACGUACGCAGUUGGAGUGGUUCUUGCCAGUGCUGGUUAUCCUGGCUCAUACGCCAAGGGGAAAGAAAUCACCAACCUUGACUCCGUGGUUAAACAACCUGGGCACAUGGUUUUCCACGCCGGGACGAAACUAGAUGAUGCAGGAAAAAUUGUGUCCUCCGGGGGUCGUGUUCUUAUCGCUGUUGCACUUGGACACGAAUUGGCUAUUGCUAGCGCAAAAGCACUCCAAGCUGCCACCACCAUACGCUUUGAAGGGGCUCAAUUUCGCACUGACAUUGCUCAGAAGGGAAUUGCUCGGUCUCUGCUUAUGCGAGGAGAAAUGACUUAUCGAGGAAGUGGAGUAGACAUUGAAGCCGGAGAUGAUUUUGUGCACAACAUAAAAGCGCUCGUGAACACCACAAAGCGGACGGGCUGGAUGGGGGGCAUUGGUGACUUUGGUGCUUUCUUUGACCUCCAUGCGGCAGGGUACAAGGAUCCCCUGCUUGUGUCUGGGACGGAUGGAGUGGGCACCAAAAUCAUGAUUGCAGAAGCACUUGAUAUUCCAGAAACCGUUGGAAUCGACUUGGUGGCAAUGUGUGUCAACGAUAUUUUGGCUCAUGCGGCAGAACCACUCUAUUUUCUGGAUUACUACGCUAGUGGACGAUUGAGACAGGAAACGGCUGUGAAGGUGCUAAUUGGAAUUGCUGAGGGAUGUCGCCAAGCAGGAUGCGCGUUAAGUGGCGGGGAGACCGCAGAAAUGCCUGGCGUGUACCACGGGAAUACGUACGACUUGGCAGGAUUUGCUGUAGGUGCUGUCGAGAGGGGGAAACAGUUGCCACUGAGGGAAAAGAUUGAAGAUGGGGACAUUGUGAUUGGACUAUCUUCAAGCGGGGCUCACAGCAAUGGUUUCAGCUUAAUUAGGAAAAUAGUCAAGAAAAAUGAUUUAAAAUAUAGCGAUCCUAGUCCAUUUUCCACCAACGAAACACUCGGAAGGGCGCUUUUGACUCCAACCAAGAUUUAUGUAAAAUCAGUCCUUGGAGCUCUUCGAAGUGGACGAGUGAAAGCCUUUGCUCACAUCACGGGUGGUGGUCUCACCGAAAAUAUCCCACGUUGUCUUCCGGAUAAGUUGGGAGUCGAGAUUGACGCCAACAAGUGGCCUAUUCCAGGAAUUUUCCCAUGGAUCGCAUGUGCAGGUGGAGUCAACGAGACCGAAAUGUUGAGAACUUUCAACUGCGGCCUUGGUGCCAUCAUGAUCGCUAGUCCUUCCGACUUGCCUCAAGCUCUCAGCAUGAUAACCGACGAGAACACGUUUGUCAUUGGCAAAGUCAAGUCCCUCUUUGGAGACUCCCAGAAAGUCGUGGUCAAGAACUUUGCCAACGCUAUGGCUCCAGCCAUGAAGAGCCACAUGGAGCGAGUAAGCCUUCGCACCAAGCGACGCGUGGGCGUGCUCAUUUCUGGAAGUGGUACAAAUCUCCAAGCCAUCAUCAAUCACGUGCAGGAUCCCACCGUCGGAAGUUUGGCAGAAAUUGUGCUGGUGAUUUCCAACAAGGAUGGGGUCGAGGGUCUAAAGCGCGCAGAAAAAGCAAAAAUUCCCACAAAAGUAGUAGCCCACAAAAAAUUCCCUACUCGAGAAGAAUUUGACAUGGAACUUUUGCGACUCCUGCAAGCUGCUGAUGUCGAAUUCGUCGUGUUGGCUGGCUUCAUGAGGAUCCUCAGCCCUGUUUUUGUGAACAGCUAUCGAGGACGACUUAUCAACAUUCACCCAGCACUGCUUCCCAGUUUUAAAGGUACUCACGCCCACCAGCAGGCCUUAGAUGCUGGUGUGCUGGUCACCGGCUGCUCAGUGCAUUUCGUGGAGGCUGAAGUUGACGCUGGGGCCAUCAUCUGUCAGGAAACGGUUCCAGUUUUAGUGGGUGACACAGUAGGAGAGCUAGAGGAACGUGUCAAGACAGCCGAACAUCGUGCUUACCCAGAGGCAUUGGAACUUUUGGUUAGAAACAAGGUUAAAUUGGGUGAAAAUGGUAAAGUUGUAUGGAAUGUCUAAGAAAACUCUCGCUCUCUCAUUUAAAAAAUCUCUCAAGGACAUUGUGUAAAGACAAAUUAUUUUAAAUUCAAUGUUGUAAUGUUUAUACAUACAUAUAAUUUAGAUUUAUUGAUGGUUCGUUCGAGGUUGUCUAUAAUAAAACAUUGAUGUUUCAAUAUAGAGA